UUGUUGUGUUUACGAAGUUCUAUAAUAAAGGAGGCAAAUUAGUACAUGCUGUUACCCUGUCAGACCAGGGGUGCCGCUAAUGAGGCUGAGUAAGAGAGAGGAGAGAAGAAGAGAAAGUAGAGAGAGAGUUAACAAAGAUAGAGUGCCACUGUAAAGCUUAAAAUAAAGUGUUGAACCCAGUCGUCGCCUCCGCUACCUGAUUUACAAACGCAACAAAUUGGCGACGAGGACGAGCGCUUCAGUACCGAGCCCACCGCCCUUUUUGAAACAUGCGGGUGAGCCGCCGAUACCGUUUAUGACGUGGCGCAAAUUCUUUGAGAACUACAUGCUAGUGAUAAAUGCUAUGGGAGAUGCGUGGCCGGAGGCGAGACGACGAGUCGUCUUAUUACACUGCUUGGGACCAGAGGGACAACGACUGUUCUACACACUGCCGAAUCAAGGUACAACGUUUGCUGAAGCCAUGACUGCGCUUGAAAACCACUUUGUCCCUAAAGUGAAUGUAGUGGCAUGCAGGCACACAUUCAGACAGCGAGUUCAGCGGGCUGAUGAAACUGUGACCCAGUAUGUUGCCGCCCUCAGAGCGUUAGCUGCGCCAUGUGAUUUUGGAAUAAUGGAAGGUGAGAUGAUUCGGGAUCAACUUGUUGCUAAUGCUAAUCUCAGUGUUGUUAAAGAUAAAUUGCUGCUGGAGGAGGACCUUACAUUGGACAAGGCAGUUACUAUUGCGUGUCAGGUGGAGGCUGUGGUCAAGAAUGCUACACUCCUUUCUGCUGCGCCCACGGCCCAGACUGCUGCAGUACAAGCUGUGGAGGUGAAGGACGCACGUCUUCGGGGAAAAAGAGGAGCGCGACCAGGUCAAGCUCGGGGACCUACAUCUAAAGAAUGGCACAAAAAGGCAAGUGAUAAAGAGCAACAGCGCCAUUGCUUCAGAUGUGGAUCUGAGAAACACCUGGCUAAUGAUAAAAACUGUCCAGCAGUAAAAGUGAAAUGUGAUAUACCUAUAUAAGAGGUCAUAUGUUAAUGAACCUAUGGAUAUUCAUGUAACCACAAUAAAAGAGCAGUGUUACGGGGGAGCGGACGAGAGCAACUGGGGUCAAGCGA